AUGGCGUUUCCUCGUGGCUUGUGGUUGCUCGAUUUUGUGCUUCAUCCUCUCUUUACUCGCCCUCUGUCUCCAUUCGCUCCUCCGUCAUCGAUUUACCGAGCAGAAGCAUCGGAUCAUCCAACUCCGCCACAUCCUCUCACUGCGGGAGCUGGAGCCGCCGGGACCUAUAACGCCGGAACCUGGAGUUACAACGUCUUGGCCGAUUACGCGAUCUCCUUCGCGGACUUAAAGAGACCUUCUUUAAUGGUUGAAAGAGCUGAGGGAAAGCGAUGUCAUAUAACCAUUGACCAAAAAAUGUUUUGUGACUUGGUCUAUUGCCGUCAAAGCUGUUUUUCUGGAUACAAUGGUGUUGGAAAAUGUUUUGACGAUCCUAAAGUUGCUGGAUCAGCUAAUUGUGGUUGCACUUAUAAUUGUUAGAAGAACGACUCUUAAAAAGUUGUGAUAUAUUAAUUUAAUUUACGGUUUCUGUUUUUAAUCGGAAUAAAAAUUUCAAAGAUAUCCAUAUGGAGACUCUGAU